AUGCCAGCAUUUUCUUUUGAGGCAAGAAACAAUCCCGCGAAUGCGCCAACGACAAUAUGGAUGCCGGGGGGACCUGGUGCAUCUUUCUUGGACGGCGGGGAGAGCAACUUCCCCUGCGUCAUCAACCCGGACUCGAACAGUAGCACCCUAAACAAGUUGUCGUUGAAUCUCAAUAGCAACAUGCUGUACAUUGACAUGCCAGUACAAACUGGUUAUUCGUAUACGGAGAUCCAGAACGGCACGUUCAAUACGAACACCAAGGAGUUUACCCCUUUGGACAAUGCGAACCAAACCGUUGUGACGAAUCAGACGACUUUCCUGGCCACGAUGUCAAGCCAAUCCCCGAGCCGCACUGUCAAUACCACGGCUCAAGUUGCGAAACAGAUGUGGCAGAUCGCUCAGGUGUGGUUUCAAGAGUUCCCGGAACGCUCGACCACGAACCCAGAGAUUAAUUUCUGGACAAUUUCUUACGGAGGCUUCUUCGCGCCUGCGACCGUAGCCCAUAUCCAGCAGCAGAACGAGCUCGUCGCCAACGGAAGUAGCACCAACGAAAACGACAUGGCCCUGCAGCUUGGGACACUAGGAAUUAUCAAUGGCUGCAUUGACUCGGAAAGCCAGGUCUCGUUCUGGCCCACAUUCGCCAUGAACAACACCUACGGCAUCAAAGCGAUCCCGGAAGAGGCGUACAGCAUGGCCAUGGGCAACUUGUCGACAGCAUAUGGUCUCAUUGACCAAUGCCGAGCUGCUGUUUCCGAGCUCGACCCUGAAGGAACAGGCGCUGUGAACCAGGUCAAUGAAGCGUGCAUGGCAGCGUUGCAGCUUGGAUUUGGCGAGAUCCAGGGAGCAUACACGGAACUGUCAAAUCGAUGGGUUCAGGAAGCACUCGGCGUUCCUGUGAACUUCACCCUCAGCGCUAACGCGGUGGUCAACAACUUCUUCGGCGCCACCGGGGAUCCAGUGAUUGUCACCAAGCGCAACCUUGAGUCUGUUCUUGACUCAGGGGUCGGCGUCGCAAUGGUCUACGGAGACCUCGACUACCGCUGUAACUGGAUGGGCGCAGAGAACGUAUCGCUGUCAGCCUCAUACGCAGACGCGCCCUCCUUCCAGAGCGCGGGCUACGCGCCCAUCACGACCAACUCGAGCUACCAAGGCGGCCUGGUCCGCCAGUUCAAGAACUUCUCCUUCUCCCGCGUCUUCGAGGCCGGCCACAUGGCCGAUUCCUACCAGCCCGAGACCGUCCUCCGCAUCUUCGAGAGGGCGAUAUCCGGCAGGGACGUGGCGACGGGCGAGGCCGACGCGGGAGGGUCCUCGAGCUACGCCUCCCAGGGCCCGGCCAGCAGCUUGAACGUCACGAACGAGAUACCGGAACCUAUUAUUGGGCCGAUGUGCUUCUGGUACGAUGCCUAUUAUACUUGUGACGAGGCGCAGCAGGCUGCUCUUGAGAAGAAUGUCGCCGUCAUCGAGGACUUUGUUGUGGUCAGCCCGGCAGGACAAUUCUCAAGCACAUAUGGGAAUCCUACCAGUACAACUGCAGCACCCCAGGCGACGGUAUCGAAGUCCGCGGCUGCCAGGCGGCUCAAGGUUUUGAUUUAG